AUGAACACUCUGGCACCCCCGCCCAAGCUCACUCACCUCUUUACUCUGCGAUGUGCAGUGGAUUCACCGAUGGAGAUUGGCCACGGUCCCUAUGGGCGGCGGCGCUGCGUGCCGAUAAUGUCCGGCACUGUGCGGGGGCCAUUCCUCAACGGGGAGGUUGUGCCCGGAGGCGCAGAUUUUAUGAUUGUGGAGGAGGAUCAAACCACGCAUGUGAAUACCAACUACGUCAUCAAGAGCGACGACGGCGCAUUUCUGUACAUUCGGACAGAGGGAACUCGUGCAGGCCCUCCGGAGGUGCUCAAGGCCUUGAUGGAAGGAGGCCCGGUGGAUCCCAGCCAGUAUUGGUUCCAUCUGCAUGUCAAGAUCGAAACGGGUGAUGAGAAAUAUCGGUGGAUGAACGAUCGAGUCAUUGUCGGACGGGCGACCAGGGCAAAGGGCGAAGUCGCCUACGAUGCCUAUUUCCUGGAAAACAAUCCAUGA